CUCCACUGCGGCGGACACGGCACGGGCGGCACCGCGGGACCGGCGGGGAGGUCCGGGCCGAUGGUGGGAGGCAGCCCCCGGCGGAGCCCGGCCGCACGCCAUGCCCUGGAGCUUCCGCUGGGUCGGCGGCUGCGGCGCCCAGUCCCAGAAGCAGUGCAAGAAAUCCUCCUUCGCCUUCUACCAGGCGGUGAGGGACCUGCUGCCCGUCUGGUUCCUGGAGGACAUGCGGACCAUGGAGGCUUUCCACUGGGAAGAUGGGGGCAAGGUGAGCGUCUACUCGCCCUCGGAGGCGCUGCUCUACGCGCUGGUGCACGACCACCAGCCCUACGCCCGGCACCUGCUCACUAAGUUCCCCCAGAGCGCCCUGGCUGUGCCCAGCCAAAGCUUCAGCUGCUGCCAGUCAGCCCCGCACCUGGCCAUGGCCGUCCGCUACAACCGCGUCCGGGUGCUCUUCCGAAUCCUCAAGGCCAUCCAAGCCUUGCCCCCGGGUGACAGAGCCGCCCACCUGGACCGCCAGGGCUGCAGCCGCGUGGAGGGCGGCAAGACAGCCUUGCACAUGGCCUGCGAACUGGUGCGGCCCGAGUGCCUGCUGCUGCUGCUGGGGCACGGCGCGUCGCCCUGCCUGCAGGACAGCGCUGGGAACACCCCCCUCGACACCCUGCUGCAGCAGAUCUCCCACCUGCCGGCAGCCAACAUGCGUGCCAAGUUCCUCUGCCUCGACUGCCUCUUCUUCUUCGUGCCUCAGGACCUUAAGUUUGCAAUGAAACAGCAGCUGUUGGACAACCGGCAGCAGUGGCAGGACCUCCUGGGCGAGAACAGGUUCCAGUGCCUGGUGGGCUUAGUGCCUCCAUCGCUGUUUGUUGGAGCCAUGCGUGUCUUGAUCAGGACCAUUUCACCUGAGCACUUCCCAGAGGCUCUGGAUAAUCUGCCUCUGCCUCAUUUCCUAAAGCCUUUGGACUUGAAACUGGAGAGCUAGAGGGAUGGUAUGAGAGCCUCCGUGUCAUCUGACAGAAAUAGACUUGUAUUAAAAAUGUAUCAAUACACAAAGCUGCUAAUGCAGUGGCCAAGUAUCUGUUUUACUGAGAACAGUAUUUUUUAAAAGAAUUGUAUCCAGCACUUUACAAUAUAUUUUAUUUAAAAAUCCUUGUGGUGAGGUGAGGGUCAUGCUGCAUUUUAUAAAGAUGUUCUAUGGCAUGUACAAAUGAGGAUAUGGGGAAGAACAUAUUUGUAAAUACAUCCAAAUAAAACAGUGGCAGAUGUGAUCAAAAUAUAAAUCAAGCAACUGAAAA